AUGUUCCGGAGGUAUAGAGACUAUGUGCCUCUGUGGAACGAGCAGGUUUCGACGGCAAAGUCGAAGAGGCGGUGGACGCCAGGUGGCAUCGCUAUAGGCUUGUCAAUAUUCCUCAACAUUAUAUUCCUUUGGAGGUGGUGGGUUGGAACAACACCAACGGCAUUGGAUAACUAUCAACCUUUAAAUGAAUUCUCCUUACUCGCCCCAGACGUCGCCAUCUCCGCCGCGAGCUCCGAGAACGCCAUCGUGACGAGCCUCUACACGGACGCGUUCGCGACCGCCGUAGCCACGCUCGGGCACACGCUCAACAAAAUCAACAGCUCCGCGAGCAAAAUCAUGAUCUACCUCCCCGAGAAGACGUCCCCGCGCGCGGUCUGCAUCGCGAGCGUGAGCGGGUUCACCCCGCACCCCGUCGCGCGCAUCCCCCCGCCACACGAGGGCGUGCACCGCCACUUCCUCGACCAGUACUCGAAGCUGCAGCUGUGGGACCUCGAGAAGAUCGGGAUCAAGAGCCUCGUGUACCUCGACGCGGACACGCUCGUGUACCGCAACUUCGACGAGCUCUUUAGCCUGCCGUACCGCUUCGCCGCGGUGCCGGACGUGUUACUCGACGACCGCGGGUUCUCGUCGGGGUUCAACGCGGGCGUGCUGUUCUUGCGCCCGUCGCGCGAGGUCCUCAAGGACAUGGUGUCCAAGAUCGCGACGGCGAACUACCCGGCGGAAGACGCGGAGCAGUCGUUCCUGAACCACUACUUUGGGAAGGAGGCGCUGCGGCUGCCGUUCACGUACAACGGGAACCUCGCCAUCAAGAAGCGCACAGCAGCGAUGUGGGCAGGCCUGAAGAAGAACGUACACGUCGUACAUUAUACGCUCGUGAAGCCGUUUCUUCAGGGCGACUACGCGGAGGUGCCCAUCAACAAGCUGGAGAAGAACAUUCAAAGCAAGAUGGGCAAACAUGGCGGGAUCUUCGUUGACGAGCUGAAUGAGUGGGCGGUGGCGUGGCGGGAGACAAUGGAGAAGUACGGAGAGAACUUUGCAGACUGUGAGGCGCUCUCUUCGUCAUGA